AUGAGAGAUGAGAUGGAUAAAGUCUGGGAGAGAGGAGAGGGGAGAAAGGAAGAGGUGAGAGGAGAUAGAGAAAGGAGAAAGAUGAGAAAGACAGCCCAGAGAGAGAGAGGGAGGAAAGAUGAAUGGGAGAAAAGAUGGGGAGAGAGAGAUGAGAAACAGGAGACAAGAGGGGGACAAAAUGGAGAGAGAGAGAGAAAGAUGUCUGGAGGAGAGGAGAGGGAGAAAGAUGUCAAAGGGAGAGAGAUGAGAGAGAUAAAGAUGAAAGACGAGACCGAGGUGAGAGAGAUGAGGAUGGGAAAAGAUAAACAGAGACGGAGAGAUGGAAGAAAGAGGAAAGACAAAUGGGAGGGGAGAGAGAUGAGAUGGAGAGAGGGGAAGAUAAACAGGGGGAGGGAGAGAGAGGGAAGAAAGAGAAAUGGGGAGAAAGAGAGAUGA